AUGUCCACGGAGGCGCUUAAAGCGUUCGUUUUUAACGAAUCAGUACCGAUCAUGGACUCGUCGCCUCUGCCGGGAGGGGUACCUGGGGGUGGAAUGAUCGUUCCUCCUGCGCUUGGGGGAGCUGCUGCUUCGCUGUUCAUGACUGGCGGUCGGAAUCGGGUCCCAGGAGCGGCUAUGAUGAGAUCCGUGGUGGCUCCUGAUACAGGCGUAAAGAAGCGGGAGGAGGUGUUUGUUGAUGUGAUCGAACGGCUGAGCGUGACUUUUAGUCCCAACGGAUACAUCCUGACGUGUGAGAUUGACGGAACCAUACAGAUGAAGAGUUAUCUGACCGCGAAUCCUGAAGUUAGGAUAGCUCUUAACGAGGACCUCGUUAUAGGCCAGAGGAACGCUCCAGCGUCGCUGCUGUAUGGAGGGGGAGGCGGGAUGGGGGAGGAUGGAAGCGGAGGAUUCGGAAUUGUUGUUCUGGAUGACUGCAACUUUCAUGAGAGCGUACGGUUGGAUACCUUUGAUGUGGACCGGACAAUGACUCUCGUGCCACCAGACGGGGAGUUCUCAGUCAUCAAUUACCGCAUGACGCAUGAGUUCAAGCCUCCGUUCCGGGUGUAUCCGGUUCUGGAGGAGAUCACCCCUUUCAAGGUAGAGCUGUUCAUAAAGUUAAAGGCAGAGUUUCCCGCCACAGCAACCGCCAACUCCAUUGUCGUCCGUGUGCCGCUGCCCAAGAGCGUGAUUAAAGUGAGCUGUGAUUUAGACCCUGGAGCUGUGGGGCAGUCAACGGAUUUCAAGGAUGCGUCCAAGAUUCUGGAGUGGACUAUAAAGAAGAUGCCCGGUGGUGGGAAUGAGCAUACAUGCCGGGCCAAGAUGACCCUGAAUCAGGAGCGGGGCUCAGGGAACAUGAAGAAGGAAACUGGUCCAAUUAGCCUGUCGUUCAAUAUCCCCAUGUACAACGCAUCUAGACUCCAGGUUAUGGCGAUAAAGCAGAUUCCUGCUGGAAUGAAGGAGCAGUUGCUAUCUCACGUUGUGCUGAAGCAAGAGGCGUUGGAGGAGGACAACAAGCUGGUCAACGAGUUUCCCAUCUCCAUCCGUGAUGGGGUCGCAAUGUCCCUGCAUGGGAAAGUGCUCGCAGAUGCAUAUCUGUUUCAGGGCUGCUCAAAGGCGUUCAUUCAGUUCCUGGUUUCACGACUGCGAGUGGAGUAUUUUCUUCCUGGGGAGGUGGUGGUGAGUCGGCAUGACAACAACCAUCAGCUCUAUCUGCUCGUGCAAGGAGAAGUGGAAGAAGUCCAUUUCAGCAGGAAUGGAGCUCGAGUGGCCACGGUGUGGAGUCCAGGGGAGAUGUUUGGGGAGGCGGGCUUGCUCGCCAGCAAGUUCUCCCCCUUCACUGCUCACGUCAAGUCUUUCUGCAAGGUGCUGAGGAUCGAUGGCCAGGUCUUUUCAGAGGCCACUGCGUUUCAUCAGGAGGAUGGAGAGAGGAUUAUUAGCAAUUAUUUGCAGAAAUUUGGGCAAUCUGAAUCUGAACCGCUAGACUUUGGUCAGCCCAGGGCUCGUCGCCUCACAGACACGGCAGAGGAAGUGCGCCGAGCCGUGACUCAGCGGCAGGCACAGCAGACACUGAGCGCCAUACAGCAAGCAGCCCGGGGGGACUUGGAUCACCUCAAGAUGCUGCGAAAGCUUGGAGCAGACUUCUCGAAAGGGGACUUUGACGGCCGGACUGCACUGCACCUGGCCGCCUCCAGGGGCUUUCCGGACAUUUGCAGUUUCAUUCUGCGAGAGGGAGGUUCUGCCAACAGGAAAGACCGCUUUGGUGUGACACCUCUACUGGAAGCCCUUCGAGCAGGCCACAUGCAGACAGCCGAGGUGCUGCGGGAGCACGGCGCCCAAGUCCUCCUGGACGACCCAGCAAGCGAGCUGUGCCACGCGGUGAAGCGCGGUAUGGUGGAGUACCUCGAGCGCCUGCUCUCCUUCGGCCUGGACCCCAAUGAGGCGGACCACGACCUGCGCACGCCCCUGCACGUGGCAGCAGCAGAGGGGUCCGUUGUGCUCGUGCGGCUGCUGCUGGAGCAUGGGGCGGAUGCAUGGGCGCGGGACCGGUUGGGUCACCUGCCGGUGGACGAGGCGUGCCGGAAUGGGGCGAGGCCGGUGAUUGCACUGCUCAAGGAUGGCAUGCGCGUGAAGCUGCCGCCGCUGGCAAGUCGACCACCAGCUGGACGAGCCUCUCUCACUCGUGGAGGCUCGCAGCGCCGUCGCCACACCCACCACCAGCCCUCAUCUUCCAUCGCAGGAGCCCCCGCCGCCACUACCAACACUGCCACCACCACUACUGGCACAAGUAACACUUCAACCAGCAACACUGGCAGCACUCCCCGCCACUCCCGGCCCAGCAGGCAACGCUCCCAAAGCGUCGACACCUAUUCCGACCAAAUCGAAUCUGCCCCUGACAGCAGCAGCUCGGGAGCUGCGUCCCCCUCCACCUGCCUGCCCUCCGACCCCUUACUCCAGCAGCGCGUGAUGCACCUGCGCCGCCGCCCCACCAGUUCCGUGCACAUCCCCACUGACCUCCUGGCCGACCUUCCUGCUUCGGUUUUCGAUGAGUACCUCUCAGAGCACCAGACUGCAUCUAAUCAGCCGCUCUUCACCCCUCCUGCGUCACCCCUUGCGCAUCUGCUCCUGCCCAAGCUCCAUGCUGCUGGUUCUUUGACCCCGCCACCCUCGUUUGAUGGCGGCUCUGAGUUGCAGCCUCGCUCGUCCUCAGCGACCUUCCCACUCUCUGAACCUUUACUCCCACCUAUUCCACAUCCACACACCACACACACUGCACAUGCCACCACGCAUGCCGAACACACCGUGCACACAGCACCAUACCGCUCUGCCUCUGCUGCUCUCCCCCCUGCUCCACCUGCCCCUGGCGUAUCCUCUGCUCCCCGUGCACAACAGCGGCCCACGCCCCUCACCAUCGACCCUCUAGACAGAAGCAUGAGUCGCUCCUCCACAGCCCCGCAUUCAUCACUAGACGAAGUCCGCACCCAACUGAUACCAGCCUCACCAGAACCCUCCACUCCCUAUGCGACCAGCCAGCCCCUGUCAGGACCCCUGUUGAGAGUGGGAGAACCGAUCACUCCCUACCCUCAUCGCAACUACAUGCCUGCAGGAUCGUUCUCAGGAUCUUUCAGAGCCUUGCCUCCGCCCCCAACCCCAUCUGUGGCUGUGGCCAACCGCCGUGUCACAGUCUUCCCAUGCCGACCAUGGGACACUGGCCCAGCUGGCAAUCCACCUGGGGAUUCUCCUGGGGAAGAUGAACUUAGCGAGGGAGCUCAUGGAAGGCAACCACGUGACUGUUUGCCUGAUCAGGCUGUGCAUUCAUCAGGGGAUUCUGCAUCGCCUGAACCUGGGAGCAAAGGAGGUGUUGGGAGCCGGGCUGGAGAAGAGAAGAGAUUCAUGGGGCGACCAUAUGGGAAGGUGGUGUUGGUACCCCUCUUUAUGGUCACCCUGAAAGAGCAGCUGAGCACGCUGUUAGGAUUCCCUGUGAGAAUCCUUGUGAAUAAGGAUGGUGGGGAGAUCACUGACACAGAUACUAUUCGGGAUGGAGAUGUCAUUUUUGCUCCACCAUCUGAACCUGCUCUAUCUGAUCCCCUUGCGUGCCAAUCCUGCAGAUGUCGAAAAGUACCAGCACCAGGUGAUUCCAAUCGGUAG